AUGGGAUCUGCAGAGAAGAAGUACGACUUUAUUGUCGUUGGAGGUGGACCAGCCGGCUGCACUCUAGCCGCCUGUCUCGCGAAAUCAGUCCAAAGACCCCAAGUCCUCCUCCUCGAAGCCGGCGGACGCAAUGACGAUCGACGCCUGCGCGUCGACGGAAAGCGCUGGACAACCUACAAGGAGGAGCAGGGCCUAAACUGGGGCUACAAGACCACACCCCAGGAACACUGCAACGGCCGCGAACUGGACUACUCCCGUGGCAAGGGACUAGGAGGCGGAUCAGCGAUUAAUUUCGGAGUGUUCACCGUGGGCGCAAAGGACGACUAUGACGAAUGGGCCGCGGAAAUCGACGAUGAGACUUUUGGCUGGAAGCAGAUGCAGGCGCGGUUCAAGAACCUGGAAACCUUCAAUGGUACCAUUGUUCGUCCUGAGCAUCAGAAGUAUGCCAACACCGUUGCAGCUGACCAUGGUCAGACUGGUGGUUUGCGCAUUGGAUAUGCUGAGAACUGGGAGGAUGAUCUGUCGACUGUCCUCGACGCUUUUGAGGAAGCUGGGUAUCAGCGCAAUUUCGAUCAUAAUUCUGGGAACCCCCUUGGUAUGGCGCUUACUAUCAACUCUGCUGGGCAGGGGAAGCGUACUACUGCUGCUGAUCUACUUGUUGAUGCGCCUGGUAAUCUAUCGAUUGUCACGGACAGCCCCGUACAGCGGGUGAUAUUGGAUGGAAAGACGGCUGUUGGUGUUGAUACCGGCAACAAGAAGUACUUCGCAUCCCGAGAUGUAAUCCUCUCCGCCGGAUCCCUAGACACACCCAAAAUCCUCAUGCACUCGGGAAUCGGCCCAGCGAACGACCUCAACAAAUACAACAUCCCAGUAAUCCAAGACCUCCCAGCCCUAGGAAAAGGCCUACGAGACCACUACUUUGUACCCCUAAUCCUAGCCCGCAAACCAGAAACAACAGACCGAAACACCUUCUUCCUAAACCCCACCGCAAUGGAAAGCGCCAUGAAACAAUGGGAAGAAACAAACACAGGUCAAUGGACCCGCUACGGCUGCCAACUAGGCACAGGCUGGUUCAAAUCUGACCGGAUAACCGGCUCCCCCGAAUUCGCCGCCCUACCGCAAGACGUACAGGAUUUCAUGAAUCGCGACACAAUUCCCCACUACGAAAUGCUCACCCACAUCCCUAUGCACUUCUUCGCGCCGGACAUGUUCAAGGAUGAUUACAGCUACGUCGGUCUAGCCGCAUUCAUGAUGAACGCACAAUCCCGCGGCGAGGUAACGCUCCAAUCCUCCGACCCUAAUACGCCCCUCCUAUUCAACCCCCGCUUCCUGGGAGACCCCUUCGACCGGCGCGCAUGCAUUGAGAUUUAUCGGCACUUGCUGGAAGUAUCGCGGGCACCGACGUUCGCAAAGGAUACGGUGUCGACGCUUAUUGGGCCGGCGUCUGACUCAGAUGAGGAUAUUUUGACAUUCUGGAAGGAUUUCUUGUCGUCAAGUUGGCAUAUGACUGGGACUGCUAAGAUGGGUAGGACUGGUGAUAAGGAGGCUGUUGUGGAUCGCAGCUUUAAGGUUAUGGGUGUGCAGGGAUUGCGCGUUGCUGAUAUGAGUGUUGUUCCUGUUUUGACUAAUAAUCAUACGCAGGCUACGGCUUAUGUUACUGGGGCUACUGCUGCUGAUGUUUUGGCUAGGGAGUAUGGGCUUGAUCAGUAA